CUACAUUUUACAGCACUGCCACUUUGUGAACAACGUACCAGAGAAUAUGCCGAAAAAGAAAACUGGUCAGCGCAAGAAGGCGGAGAAGCAAAAGCUACGCCUCAAGGAAAUCAGGAGUCGCGAGAUCUCCCUCGCUGAACUGCCCUGCAAUGCUCCCAUGGACUGCGAAAAGUGUGAGAAGAAGCAAAAGUCGCGUGCGUUCUGCUACUUCUGUCAAAGUCUGCAACGUUUGCCUAUCUGUGCUCAAUGUGGCAAAAUAAAGUGCAUGCUGAAGACGGGAGAUUGUGUUGUUAAACAUGCCGGUGUUUAUACCACAGGUCUGGGCAUGGUGGGUGCCAUAUGCGACUUUUGCGAGGCAUGGGUUUGCCACGGACGUAAAUGUUUGACCACCCACGCCUGCACCUGCCCGCUCCAAAAUGCAGUGUGUCUGGAGUGCGAGCGUGGGGUAUGGGAGCAUGGUGGGCGCAUCUUCAAGUGCUCCUUUUGCAAUGGUUUCCUCUGCGAAGAUGAUCAGUUCGAGCAUCAGGCCUCGUGUCAGGUACUGGAGUCCGAGACCUACAAAUGCCAGUCAUGCAACCGACUAGGACAAUAUUCCUGUUUGCGCUGCAAGACUUGCUAUUGUGAGGAUCAUGUGCGUCGCAAGGGCUUCAAGUAUGAAAAGAACAAGGCCAUUCCUUGUCCCAAAUGCAAUUAUGAUACUUCUGUGACGAAGGAUUUAAGCAUGUCGACGCGUUCGCACAAGUUUGGUCGUCAACAGCAAGGGGGUGCAGGGGGUAGCGACGACGAGGAAGGUUAUGGCGGAUACUACAGCUAUGGAGGCGGCGCCAGCAGUAGUUACACCUACGCGGAAGAUGAUGAAAUUGACUCUGACUACGACGACGAUGAUGAUGACGACGAUGAAGAUGAGUCUGAAGAUGAUGAUGAUAAAGGGGAGGACGCGGCAGACGGCAGCAUCGCGGAGAAGUCUGACGCAAUUGAUAAGAAAACAACGAAAUGAUCCACUGUAUACAACAAAUUUUAAUAUAAAAAUAGUAAACGCAAACUUUUUACUGGU